UAGGUUUCCUGCAGGAGGUUGAGCUAGGUUAGUUACGAAAGGGUUAAUUAACUUUCUCUCUUACUACACAUUAUUAUGUUUGGUGGGAUGCAACUUUACUUCUCGUAUAUUUAACAGUACGACACCUCAGCAACCAGCUAACCUUUACACCAAAGACCUUUGGUAAGAGAGCUGCUAAUAACUAGCUGUUAGCUAACGUUAGCUAGCCACAGGCUAACGUUGUUCAGUGACACAGGGCGAAGGUGAAGUGAAUCAGUUCUCUCUGUGCUGCAGUUUUAUUGAUCUCUGAAGAGUUUGGACUCUGACACGGACAAAGGGAGGCGAUGUUUUCGGUCAUUGUCAGGUCAGCUCUCACCAAAUACGGGGGGAUGCGGCUGCCCGGUCAGGCCGCGGUCAGGGCCGUGUCGUCCUCAGGUGGCCCCGGCUCUGCUUACACCACCCUCGCCAUCAGUCAGCCGGCACAGUUCGUCACACAUGUGGAGCUUCACCGUCCGGAGAAACUCAACGCCAUGAACAAAGCUUUCUGGAGUGAGAUGGUGGAUUGCUUUAAUGAGCUGGCUGUGGACCCAGACUGCAGAGUGGUGGUGGUUUCUGGAGCGGGGAGGAUCUUCACAGCUGGUAUCGACCUGACUGACAUGGCCAGCGACGUGCUCCAGCCGGAGGGCGACGACACGGCCAGAGUUUCCUGGAACUUGAGGAAGACGAUCACCAAGUAUCAGGAGACGUUCUCCGUCAUAGAGAAGUGUCCAAAGCCUGUUGUGGUGGCCGUCCAUGGAGCCUGUAUUGGGGGAGGUGUUGACCUGAUCACAGCCUGUGACGUUCGCCUGUGCACCCAGGACGCCUGGUUUCAGGUGAAGGAAGUGGAUAUUGGACUUGCAGCAGAUGUUGGAACUCUCCAGAGGCUUCCCAAAGUCAUCGGCAGCCGCAGCCUGGUGAACGAGUUGGCUCUGACCGCCAGGAAGAUGUACGCCGAUGAAGCGAAGAGCAGCGGACUGGUCAGCCGAGUGUUUGCAGAUAAGGAGGCCAUGAUGGUGGGAGCUCUGGAGAUGGCCGGGGAGAUCGCUGGCCGCAGCCCUGUAGCUGUGCAGGGCACCAAAAUCAACCUCGUCUACGCCAGAGACCACAGCGUAGCGGAAGGACUGGACUACAUGGCUACCUGGAACAUGAGCAUGCUUCAGACUCAGGAUGUGAUGAAAUCAGCUCAGGCCUCCAUGGAGAAGAAAAGUCCCAAGACAGCAGUUUUCUCCAAACUGUAAACCUCACUGAUGAAGUUCAGAUUUAACAUUCUUCAUUGUGGCCUUUGUGUGGGAGGGGGAGCUACAUGUGAUUCCCUGUUUGUUUUUACAGUUGGAAAUAUCAGGAUCCUUAUUGGGAUCUGUUUCCAAAGAUCUGUCUUAUUGUACGACUGAAACAGCAUUUUGAUAACAGGAUACUACACUUUCCAGCUAAACUAAACGUCCAUGUGUGGAAUCAGAAUCAUAACUUCAAAUCAGGUUAACAUGUGAGUAAUCCAAGAAAUGGGUGGCGGUCUGAAAUGUUGUGUACUCACCUGACAGUACUGAGCUAAUUCUAAACUGACCUCCCUCCGUUGCCUCCGCCGGAUUUAUUUCACAGCUCUUUGCUGUAGAAACAGUAAUAACAAGGUAUGUAUAUCUGUAAAUGACUUCAUGAAUGUUUUAUUAAAGAAACUCAUCUGA